AUGGACUAUUUUACUAUUAAACAAUCUUACUACGCUGGUGAUUAUCCUCAAGUUCUGAAAGAAAUUGAAGGAAUUGAAAACCCUGAAAAUGAUGACACGUUAUCUUUUUACAAACUAAAGUCUCAAUUGGUUCUAAACAAAUACACAGAAGAUGAAUCUAGCUUAUUAGGAGCUACUUUUGCUCUUUAUAGUGAUUUUUUGACUUCUAGAGAUAUUAAGAAGUUAGAAAAUUCCGUAUCUGUGGAAACUUCAGGCCUAUAUGAACUGAAUCUAUUAGCAUGUGCUCAAGCUAUACUAGGUGAUUACGAAGAAAGUUUGGCUACAUGUUUUAAAGGGAUUGAACGAGAUGAUUCAAUAGGUAAUGUUGAAUUGAUUCUUUUGGCUGUCCAAGUUGCCUUAUUGAAUGAUCAACCAUCCAUGGCCUCAUCAGCUCUUGAAAAUUAUGUCAGUGCUAAUCAAGAUGCAAUUACGAGUGACGUUGAGUUGAUAAUUAAUUUAGCUGAAGCAUAUAUUAAAUUCUACACCACUAAGGAUGUUGCAAGUUCAAAUUUCUAUUAUUUCGAAGAAUUGGCACAAACUUUCCCAACCUGGAAAACUCAAUUGGGAUUAUUAAACUCUCAUUUACAACAAAGAAAUAUUGAAGAAGCUGAAGAUAUUGUUCGUUUACUUGAAUCUGACUUUUAUUGUGCUCAAGCAGAUAUUUGUGCAUCAUAUAAGGAACAUUUGCUUGCCAACAAAAUCACCCUUUCGAUUAUGCAAGGUAAAGAUAAUACUAACGAAUUAAGAGCUGAGUUAGCUAAGGUUAAUCCAAAACAUACCUUCGUUAAAUCUAAUGAUGCGUUGAAUGCCAAAUUUAAUGACUUGGUUAUCAAGUACAGCUCAAACUAA